AUGAACGUUGUCGAAACAUUACCUUCAUCAAUAUCAAUAUUAUCAUUAGCUAAUGAUAGUUAUAGACAAAAUGGAAAUUCAUUAUCAGCAUCAUUCGAUGAACAUAGCAAUGAUACAAUAACUGAUAUUAGAAAUAAUACUACAUUAAAUUCCAAUAUUAAGACUACUCGACGUUUUAAUAAAUAUUCUAUAUCUUCGAAACGAGGACUUUUAUAUAUGAAAAAAUGUCGAUUAUCAAGUUCAAUAUUACGCAAUGGACGUUGUUCAAAAUUGAAUAGUGAUGCUACAGCACGAAAAUUGAGAACAAAACAUAAUUAUAUAAGACAACAAUUAGAAAAACAAGUACGUGAAUUAGAAUUUCAACAAAAUAAUUUAUUAUUACAAGUGGAAGAUCUUUAUUUCUAUAAACAUCAACUUGAAGCAAAAUGUGAACAAAGCAGUUCAAAAUAUGAAAUGGUUGUAUGA